CUGUACGUUUCUAUCAAAUCAUCUGCGUGCACAUGAGUUGAGGGGGCGAGGCUUACCAGUGUAAGCUAUGCUGAAGCAAGAUGGCGAGCUUCAUUGAAAGAAUGUACCUACAACUUACGCUGGUGCUGUCUAUUUCCCUGGGUAUUAUACAAGCGGUGGAUCGCAGUAACUUCAAAACAUGUGAACAAAGUGCUUUCUGCAGUCGUCAAAGGGCGUUAAGGCCUGGUCAAUCAUCAUACAGAGCCUUACUGGACACUCUGGAACUCAGUGACUCCCGCCUCACACUGCAGCUCCUGAACAACAACAACAAGGUGCGAUUGCUGCUGGAGCUGUAUCGCUUGCAGGGAAACAUAACCAGAGUGAAGAUCAAUGAGCUGAAGCCCAUUAAGCCUCGAUAUGAGGUGCCAGAUGUUCUCAUUACUGACCCUCCAACUGAACCUAUGUCAGUGGUGGCCCAGGAUGAGCGAGGCGUUGUGCUGUCUCUGGGAGGGGUGGACCGGAGGCUCUAUGUGAACGCCCAGCCCUUCCGCUUGGACAUCAUGGAGGGGCCAAAGUUGGUGCUGUCCAUCAACUCCCGGGGCCUCCUAGCCUUCGAACAACUCCGAAUGCGCAAGGACACUAUUUCCCACAAAAUAACUAGCACAGUCGGUAGCAUGUGGGAUAAGAUCAAGAACGUUUUCUCUAGUAGCAAUGACCAAAAAGACACAGAGGAAGCUGGGAAAAAAGAGGACACAGAGAAGAUUGAAGACAAGGCGUCAGAAGGAGAGGAACAAGAAAUGGAGGUGGAUCAGCCAGGAAUGUGGGAGGAGACAUUCAAGUCCCAUGUGGACAGCAAGCCGAACGGUCCCUCCUCCAUCAGUCUGGACUUCUCCCUGCCUGGGGUGGAACACGUCUACGGCAUCCCUGAACACGCAGACAGCCUCCGGCUGAAGAACACAGAUGGAGGAGACCCUUACAGGCUCUAUAACCUGGACGUGUUCCAGUAUGAGCUCUUUAACCCCAUGGCUCUGUACGGAGCCGUGCCGGUCCUGUUGUCACACAACACCCACAGGACCACGGGUCUGUUUUGGCUCAACGCGGCUGAGACAUGGGUGGACAUCAGCUCUGGACAGGGCUCCGGGGAGGUCCCUCAGACAGACGUCCGCUGGAUUUCGGAGAGCGGCAUCAUCGACGUCUUCAUCAUGCUAGGACCACGACCGGCUGACGUGUUUUCACAGUAUGCUUCAUUAACAGGCACGCAGGCCUUCCCCCCUCUGUCUUCGCUGGCCUACCACCAGUCCCGUUGGAACUACAACGACCAGGAGGAUGUGGCGGCUGUGGAUCGGGGCUUUGAUGAACACGACAUCCCCUAUGACUUCAUCUGGCUGGACAUUGAGCACACGGACGGCAAACGAUACUUUACCUGGGACAAGAACAACUUCCCACAGCCCAAAGACAUGCUGCAAGGUCUCAUGGAUAAGAGACGCAAGAUGGUGACCAUAGUGGAUCCUCACAUUAAGGUGGACAGCAGCUAUAAGAUCCACAGUGAGAUUCGCUCCAGAGGCUACUACGUAAAAAACAAAGAUGGCGGAGACUACGAAGGCUGGUGCUGGCCAGGAAAUGCAGGUUACCCAGAUUUUACCAACCCUGAGAUGAGGACCUGGUGGGCCAGCAUGUUUGCUUAUGAUCAGUAUGAAGGCUCAAUGGAGAACCUGUACACGUGGAACGACAUGAACGAGCCGUCUGUUUUUAAUGGGCCGGAGGUCACCAUGCUCAAGGACGCCCUCCACGGGCCCUGGGAGCACCGGGACGUCCACAACCUCUACGGCCUCUACGUGCAAAUGGCGACAGCAGAGGGGCAGAUCCGGCGUUCCGGGGGUUUGGAGAGGCCGUUUGUCCUGUCAAGGUCCUUUUUCGCCGGAUCCCAGCGCUACGGCGCCGUGUGGACUGGCGACAACUCCGCCGAGUGGGGCCAUCUGAAGAUGUCCAUUCCAAUGUGUCUGAGCCUGGGUCUGGUGGGCAUCUCCUUCUGCGGAGCUGAUGUGGGGGGUUUCUUUAAGACUCCUGGGACGGAGCUGCUGGUUCGCUGGUACCAGGCGGGGGCGUACCAGCCCUUCUUCCGCGCCCACGCGCACCUGGACACGCCGCGGAGGGAGCCCUGGCUGUUCGGCCCGGACAACACGGCUCUGAUCCGCGAGGCUGUGCGCCAACGCUACGCCCUGCUGCCCUACUGGUACCUGCAGUUCUACCAGGCCCACCGCACCGGCCAGCCAGUCAUGAGGCCCUUGUGGGUGGAGUAUCCAGAGGAUGUGACCACAUUCACCAUUGAUGAUGGGUACCUGAUUGGCAGAGAUCUUCUGGUCCACCCCGUCACAGAUGAGGGGUCUAGGGGGGUCACAGUCUACUUACCUGGGAAUGGAGAGGUCUGGUAUGACGUCCACACAUUCCAGAGGCAUGAUGGAGCUCUGCACCUCCAUAUCCCCGUCACCAUGAGCACAAUUCCAGUGUUCCAGCGAGGAGGUUCCAUUAUCUGCCGGAAGAACCGCAUUCGCAGGUCCUCGUCCUGCAUGGAGAACGAUCCCUUCACCCUCUACGUGGCCCUGGACCCACAAGGCAACGCAGAAGGAGAGCUCUACGUAGACGACGGUCACACCUUUAAACACGAGACGGACCGGCAGUUCAUCCACCGGCGCCUACGAUUCACUUCCAACACCCUGUCAUCCAGUGACCUGUCUCCGGACUCCCAGUUCCCCACGGCCUCCUGGGUAGAGAAGGUGGUCAUCCUAGGAGCUCAGGAACCCAAGGCUGUUACCCUCACAUCGUCAGGUGGUGGGGAGUCUAGUGUGGAAUUUGAGUUUGACCCCGUCACGUUGGUGCUAACUCUUCGUAAGCCCGAUGUCAACGCAGGUGUUGACUGGACAUUACAGUUGCAGUAACAUAAGGCCCACGCACACCGAUGUCAGGAGGCAAAAUGUCUCUCAGACUUUUGGACAAACAAAAUGUAUAACUACACACACACACACACACACACACACACACACACACACACACACACACAGAUUGAAGAGAGUGGCUGGGAUUUGGAGCCGACACCUGAACAAAAUCUGAACAAGGAGCUGGUGAAGCUGAUCAGUGUUGGAGUGUGACACUCAGGACCAAUGGUGUUUAAAUGGGAGAAAUUCUGCACCUCAUUAGGAAAGUGAUUUAGGAUCUUCAAUAAAAAUUUUAAUUUUAAAAAACACAUACUGUUUUUUUUAGAUUGAACAAUUGAUUAUUUUUUCAAGUUUAUAAAUUACUUUUUACAGUGGUCAUCAAUAUGAAUAGACUGCACUGAAGACGUGACCUUUCGGACAGUAUGGAAUAGAUACUCGCCUGAUCUCAGGCUGGUUUUCCAAGACCAGGGGAGCAUUCAUCUAGAUGUAGUCUGGCACUGUCUAGCAGCUAGCAUCACCCAGUUGAGUAAUGACACUAAGGAUAUAUGUUUGAGGAAGCACUGGUCAAAGAUUAAUAUUGAUUAAAAUUAGAUUUUUCCUCAUUUGCAAAAGGUCUAUUGAUAAUUUUUGUCCAUGUAGAAGGGGGGUGAUUUAACUGAUUUGAAUUGAUGGUUGGAUGUCAGCAAUAAAACAACUAUUCCAAUUUGC